GAAAGCGCUGGGCGCUCUGGCUCAGCACCGUUUGUCUCCCCGGCAGAUCCUGCGCGGCUCCCGCCGGGGCUCCCAGCCAUGCGCACGGCGGGAUGAAGCUGCAGGCGGUGGUGGAGCAGCUGCAGAAGCAGCAGCAGCAGCAGCAGCAGCAGCAGCAGCAGCAGCAGCAGCAGGCAGUGCCCAUGGAUUGCCGGGAGCGCCGCCGGGAGCCGCAGGUGCCGUUCCCGACGCCGCCGUUCCCUGCCCAGCCCCGCUCCAUCGGCCAGCGGCUGCCGGUGCCGGCUGCUGUCCCCCCGGGCAGAGCCCCCAGCGCGGCCAGCCGGGCCUCGGAGCACGGCAGCAGGAACUCUGAGGACGAGGAAGAUGAGGAGGAGGAGGAGGAUGAGGAGGAGGAGGAUGAAGAAGAAGACGGCGCCGAGCUGGAGGACGGUGCCGAGGUGCCCGGCCAGGAAAGCCGCUCUGCCCUGGAGUAUUUCCGCGCUCCCAAAGCCGCCCAUCCCAAGCAGAGAGCGGGCUCCAGCCCCGUGCCGGCCGUGGGGCACCCGCGGGGCGCCCAGCAGGGCGAGGAGGAGCAGGGCAAAGACUCUGCCAAGCAUCCCGGAGCCCCAGCGGGGCGCCCCGGCUGGCGCCUGGACCAGCAGCUCAAACAGAACGGCAGCGUGACCUGGAGCGACGAAGGCGACGGAUGCCGGGGCAGAGAAAUCUCCCGAGACUUUGCCAAGCUCUACGAACUGGACAGCGAUCCUGAGCGGAAGGAGUUCCUGGAUGACCUCUUCAUCUUCAUGCAGAAGAGGGGAACUCCCAUCAACAGGAUCCCCAUCAUGGCCAAGCAGAUCCUGGAUCUCUACAUGCUCUACAAGCUGGUGACCGAGAAGGGUGGGCUGGUGGAGAUCAUCAACAAGAAGAUCUGGAGGGAGAUCACCAAAGGCCUUAACCUGCCCACCUCCAUCACCAGCGCUGCCUUCACCCUGCGCACGCAGUACAUGAAGUACCUCUACGCCUACGAGUGCGAGAAGAAGUCGCUGAGCUCCCCGGCCGAGCUCCAGGCCGCCAUCGACGGCAACCGGCGCGAGGGCCGGCGGCCCAGCUACAGCUCCUCCCUGUUCAGCUACUCGCCCUCGGCGCCAGCGCCUCCUUCCCUGCUGUCCCCCCCCAAAAUCCGCUUCCCCAUCAUCGGCAUGGCGCCGGGCAGCGGCACCGGCAACCCCCGCGUGUCUCCGGCCGUCAGGAAAGGUGACAGCGUGCCGCUGACCGUGUCCAUGCCAAGCCGCAUGGCCGUGCCCGUGAGCCUGGGCGGGCAGCAGGGCGCCGUGGCGGCCAGGACGGCCACCCUGGAGCAGCUGAGGGAGCGGCUGGAGGCGGGAGAGCCCCCGGAGAAGAAGGCGGCGCGGAUGUCGGAGGAGGAGCAGCGGCUGGUGCAGCAGGCGCUGCAGCGCAACCUGUUCAGCGUGGCCCGGCAGAUCCCCAUGAAGAUCAAAAUCAACGGGAAAGACAAGGGCGACUCGGCGGCGCUGAACCUGUCCCACAAUGGCAUCGGCAGCAUCAACAUGUCCGUGGAGAUCAACGGCACCACCUACGCUGGGGUGCUGUUUGCCCAGAAGCCCGUGGUGCAGCUCCUGGCCGGCUCGGGAACGCAGAGCUCGUGCAGCAGCAGCAGCAGCAGCAGCAGCAGCAGCUCCCACUGCUCCCCCAGCCCUACCUCAUCGCGGGGCACGCCCGGCGCAGAGCCCUCCACCAGCUGGUCCCUCUGACGGGCACUGCCCCGGGCACACAGAUACCUCACCUCAAGGAACCUGCUCUCGUGGCUGGCCAGCAACAGGAGGAUGAUGAUGGUGGUGGUGGGGGUGGUGGUGGUGGUGGUGAAACCUUCCCAUGCCAGCGAGUUUUCCUUCAUUGUCUCUUUGUCCGGCCUUUUUUUGCUUUGUUUCCCCCACCCUUUCCUUCCACCCGUUUGCUCUUUGUUUCCUCCUCCUCCUCCUCCUCCCAGGGUUUGUGGUGUUCCCCUGCCCUGGAGGGGGCACACCUGGCGUUUCUCAAUCAGGGAUGGGCUCCAGGCGUGGCCGGGACGUCACCAGGGCAGGGAAAGGGCCGGGGCUGGGCUGGGCACCCCAGUUGUGCUGGAACCGCCAGGGCUUUUCCCAGCCACGGCUCCGUGUUUUGACAAUCCUGAGAGCCAGGGGUGCCUGGCCCUGUCCUCCCAUGGCAAUCUGCUUGUGCUCCUUCCUGCUGUGGCUCCUGAGCCUCCCUCCUGUUCCUCUCCAGGGUUUUGGCACCAUCAGCUGCUCUGGCUGGUGCCAGCUCCCCCCUGGAGCCCUGAGCACCCCUGAGUGUCCCAUGUCCCCUGAGCAGUGACACAGACAGCCUGGGCACACUGCUGGGGCUCUGUGUCACCCCUGAGUGUCCUGUGUCCCCUGAGCAGUGACACAGCCUGGGCACGCUGCUGGGGCUCCGUGUGCCGGCCCUGGGCUGGCCCAGGCUCCCUGGAGCAGCUCUGGGAGCUCUGCCAGGCUGAGCUCAGGGGUGCUGCUGGCAUCCAGCCGGGCACCUGGCUGUGGUCAAUGUGGGGAUCUGGGGCUCUGAACAGACCCCCCCCUCCGAUUGUACCCCAGCAGGGGAAACCUUCUGCUCCCCAGGGAGAGGCAGAGCACAGGGAACCCAGCCCUUCCCAGCCCUGGCACCCCAGGCUGGAAGCAGAGCCGGAGUUCCCUGCUCUGUGAAUCAGCUGCUCCGGUGGCCUCGUGCUGUCCCCGUCCUUCCCCGUGCCCCUGGUGACGUCCCUGCCAUCCCUCCUGCCCUGGUGACGUCCCUCCCGUGCUCCAGGCCCAAGUCAGGUUUUUUUGAGCAGAUGAAAUACCUCAGAUAUGUACUUGUUGGGUUGGUUUUGUUUGUGUUGGGUUGGUUGUUUUUUUUUUACCUCUUCAGGAAGUAUUGGCAUAUCCUAUCGCUUGGGGGUUUUCGUUAGGUGGGUUUGCUGACUUUGUGUUUGCUUUUAUUUGUGUUCGCUUCUAAACGGAUCACCAAAGACAGGGAGUUCAGAAAGGCUGAGCAGAGGAGCAGUGGCUUCCCCACCCUCCAGGAGCUGAGCUCCAGCACCAUCCCAGGACCUGUGUCCGGUGGGAAAACGGGGCCAAAAAGGGAUCUGUGCCUUGUCCUGGCUUUCCCCAGCUCUGGGCUCUGUGCUGGUGCUGCUUCCCCCGGCGUGCUGGGGUUAUCCUGCCCCGCGAGGAGCUGGGAAUGCACAUGUCCUGAAGGGAUGCUGCUGUUCCCGGUGCCCUCCCUGUGCCUGGGGGAGCCAGGCUGACCCUGCAGCCUCCCUGGCAUUUCCUCCUCGCAGACUCCCGGAGGAUUUUGCAGCCUCUGGGACUCUAUCAGAUGAUUUCUAUUUUUUUUUUUCCUUUUGGUUGUUUUUUUUUGUUUGUUCGUUUGUUUUUUAUUUUAUUCGGGGGUGGGGUUGGGGCUGUUUCCUCUGAGUGGGACUGGGGCACUUUCUGCUUUUCCCCCUGCUCUGCUCCCCAGCCCCGGGGAGCAGAGGCUGCUCCGGGGUGGGGUUGCUUUGUCUCACUUGCUAACGUUGUGUUUUCUUGCACAGAAAGGCACUCGAAUCACUGAAUUGCUUGGACACUACUAGAGUAUUAAUGUUUAUAAGCUUUACUCAACCUAGACUGGAACUAGCCAGGGACUAACAGAUUGUUUUGUAUCCAAUUCAGGGAAAGAAUCAGGUCUGGAAAGCCUAACAGAUACCUCAGUUAAAUAAGCUGCAACAAUAAACCGGUCCUUUUCCCAGCCCAGGGUGACAAGGACCAUGCAGACUGUGAAGAGUUAACCCUUUCCCUCGGCCUGGCUUUGGCCCUGGCAGCCUGAGCUGCGGGUCUCCUGCUGAGCUGCCAGGCUUUGGGUUGGGGGUGCUGGAAACCAGCAGAGAGCGGGGGAGGCUGGGCGGGGGCCGCAGCCCCGCGCGGUUCUCAGGGUUUGAUGCUGCCUGCAGGACGUUCCCGAGGGCACAGCUCCCGCUUUGCAGCGUCGCUCCAUCCUCCCCCAGCUCCACACACCAGCCAAAAAAAAAAACAAACCCAGCUUGCUCCCUCCCCCGGCGCUUCCAGGGGGGAAAAGCGAGCCGAGCCCGCUCCCGGGGCUGCGGGGAAGGCGCGGAGGGUGGGAUGAGGGGAGGCUCCCGCGGCGAACGCGAGCGUUCCCAGGGGAGACUGCGAUCAGAUGUUCUCCCCAACCAGCUGCAGCAGCCUUGCUAACUAGUUUUCUUACCUAUUUAAAAGAAAAAAAAAUAAUAAAUAAGUAAAUAAAAACAAACGUGAUAGCCUAGGCGGUGGAUAAAUACCUCAACGUCUCCUUCCAACAAGU